AUGUCGGGUAGCAAAUCGUUGGAUCUGUAUAUUGGUAACUCUCUGGAGGUGGUUUCAGCGAAUCCCUCGCAAACGGUGAUAAGUUUUACAUAUAGGAACAGUAGUGACAAUGGCUCACAGGUGAAGUUCAAGACGCGUAACAACCAUUUGGGGUUGAAUUAUAAGUUUAAGACGAAGAAAUCCAAAGAUGUUUCGAGAGUGUUUAGUGCGUUGGGUCCACGUGGGGUUAGUGUAGAGACUGGUAAGGUGGAGAAGAAGAAGACCGGGUUGAAGAGUAAAGAUAUGGCUGGGAUAGCAAGCUUGAUGGUCAAUACGGAAGUGAAGGAAUAUGUUCCAGAGCAGCCGAAAGUUGAGAACAGUGGAGGGACAUCCUCUGGUGCAGGAUCGGCUGCGGGUGGGCGCAAGAAGAAGGGCAAGAAGAAGGGCAAGAAGCGUUGA